AUGAGUGAUAAGAGGCAAGGGAGACUAGGAACAAAAGUGUAUGAAGAUUCAGCACAAAUCCAAAAAUCUCGAAAGCUCAUCACAUUGGAAGAAUUCUUCCCUAGGAAAUUCUUUCAAAAUGACUCAGCCGAGGCCGUCCACACAAUUUCUCGUUGCGAAAUCCAGGACGAAAAGGAGGACGUUGACCAUGAUGAUCCAAAAGAGACCUUGUCAUCUUUGGAGAAAUUCCAAUCUCAGGUCGAUGAAGUUGAACCCUUGCAAUCCCCCACAUCACCAAAAGAAGUGCUCACCCGAGCUCUUGAGGAGCCAGAGAUAUACGCCCCUCAUACCAAUACGCUUCAACAAACACAGGGAUGUUACGCAUGCUCUCCAGACUUGACUUUCACUGAUGAGGAUCUAUUGUUAGGCUCUAAGCCCCACAAUCGCCCACUCUAUGUCUCUGGUUAUGCUCGUGAACAAAGGAUCGAGCGUAUCCUUGUUGAUGGAGGUUCAGCCGUUAACAUACUUCCAAAAAUGACCAUGAAACGACUAGGUUUUACUAUGGAAGAAUUAUCACACAGUCGUUUGGUCAUCCAAGGUUUUAAUCAAGGAGGACAACGUGCAAUCGGCCUGAUCCACCUAGAAUUAUCCAUUGGAGAAUUGAAAAGCAACGUCUUGUUCCACGUCAUUGACGCUAAAACGACCUACAACAUGUUGUUAGGACGUCCUUGGAUCCAUGAAAAUGGAAUAGUGCCAUCAACCUUGCAUCAAUGCUUCAACUUCUUUCAAAAUGGAAUAAAAAAGGUCGAUGCCGAUUUAAAGCCUUUUGCAGAAACCGAAGCUCAUUUUGCUGAUGCAAAAUUUUAUGCAAAAGAAGACAUUUCUAGCGAGGUUCUUCCAGUUGAGAUCCUGUCUAUGAAAAGUAAACAGGAUGAAAAAGAGCAUGUUAAAUUCAUCGCCAAAAAGGACAUUUCUUCCCCAAAGAAAGGCCCAGAACCCUUCCUCCGGUAUAUACCAUUAUCACACCGCAAGAAUGGACAAUCACCAUUCGCGGAAUGCCUUCAACCUACAAAAGACAUGGGAAGACCUGCAAAGCUCACGAUGGAGGAUGUAGCCAUAUUGAAAGAAGAUCAUGUCAUGCCUUUAACUUCAUCCACAAAUCCUUUGCCCUCGAAGCCGUUAAAUGGAUUCGUGAGGUCUUUGCAAACUCCGAUAGAGCAUGGUAUUCUACCAAGUGGGCGGACAAAAGAAUGGUUCGACCCAAAGGCAUAUAGGCUGUUAGCCAAAACAGGCUACGAUUUCUCAAAACGAGAAGACUUAGGGAAGCUAAUUCCAGAAGCCACCGGAGAAAAGAUGCAUGGCCUUAGCAAAACACAAAGGAAAAUGCGGCUUGAAGGGCAUGAAAUUCAUAUCCCAAAGACCGGAUUAGGUUAUACUCCCGAACAACCAGCUCAGAUAUGGAUCAAGAAAAGAAGCGAACCUUCAAGUUCCCAAUACAUAACGGUGGAGGUCGGCGAAAGUUCAAAUCAAAGAAAAGACCAUUCUUCACCCCAUGUUUCAGUGUUUGAUCGCAUCGAGGCCUCGUCAUCACGAAUCACAGUGUUCGAUAGGUUAAAUACAACUUGUUUAACACCAAAUCGAGACACCCUUGCUUGUAAAUCAGUCUUUGAUCGACUGGGGGCAACGAAAAGGCCUAUUGAUAGUCAUUCUCAAAGUUCAAUAAACUUUGACGUUCAAGGGGAGAAGAAAGCCAAUGAUGAGAUUCGCAGUAGCAUUCCUUCACGCAUGAAACAAGAGAGUACACUGUCAGAUGCUGAAGCAACCAAUGAAGAGGUCGAUGAAGCUCCUCCAGCCUUGGAAGAUGGAGGACAAGCUACAGUUGAUGAACUUAAAGAGAUCAAUUUAGGAACUGUUGAAGAACCCCGGCCAACUUUCAUCAGUGCGCUUCUUACCCCUGAAGAAGAGGAAGGAUACCUCAAGCUCCUAGUAGAGUACAAAGAUGUGUUCGCUUGGACUUACAAGGAAAUGCCUGGGCUCAAUCUGAGUAUUGCUCUACACCAUUUGGCAGUAAAGAAGGGCGUGCGCCCAGUCAAACAAGCUCAAAGACGCUUUCGGCCAGAGCUUAUCCCUCAAAUAGAAACCGAGGUCAAUAAGCUCAUUGAAGCAGGCUUCAUUCGUGAAGUACAGUACCCGGAAUGGAUCGCUAACAUCGUCCCUGUCAAAAAGAAGAAUGGACAAAUCCGAGUGUGCGUUGACUUUCGAGAUUUAAACAAUGCAUGUCCCAAGGAUGAUUUUCCAUUACCCAUCACUGAGGUCAUGGUUGAUGCCACUACUGGUCAUGAAGCUUUAUCUUUCAUGGAUGGAUCUUUGGGUUACAACCAAAUUCGAAUGAAUCCUAAGGAUGAGCAGCUUACAGCUUUCCGUACCCCUAAAGGAAUUUACUGUUACAAAGUGAUGCCCUUUGGGCUAAAGAAUGCUGGUGCUACUUAUCAACGGGCCAUGCAGAAGAUCUUUGAUAAUGUACUUCAUAAAUACGUGGAGUGUUAUGUCGAUGAUUUGGUGGUUAAAACAAAAAGGAGGGAAGACCAUCUGGCAGAUCUACGAUCCGUGUUCACCCGACUGAGAAAGUAUCAGCUUAAAAUGAACCCCCGCAAAUGCGCUUUUGGCGUAACAUCUGGAAAAUUUCUUGGUUUCAUUGUGAGGCACCGCGGUAUUGAAAUUGACCAGUCCAAAAUUGAAGCUAUCCAGAAAAUGCCAGAGCCCAAGAAUCUACGAGAACUUAGAGGCUUGCAGGGAAAACUGGCCUACAUACGACGAUUUAUCUCGAAUUUGGCCGGUAGAUGUCAACCUUUCAAUAGAUUGAUGAAAAAGGAUGUGCACUUUGAAUGGGAUGAGGCUUGUAGCAAUGCUUUUGCGCUCAUCAAAAGGUACUUGCUUAAUCCUCCAGUUUUAGGUGCUCCUAUCCCAGGAAAGCCUUUGGUGCUGUAUAUUGCGGCCCAAGAAAGGUCUCUAGGUGCUCUUAUGGCGCAGGAAAAUAAAGAGGGGAAAGAAAGAGCCCUUUAUUAUCUAAGUCGAACUCUCAAUGGGGCUGAAUUAAAUUACUCUCCUAUCGAAAAGAUGUGCCUCGCUCUUUUCUUUGCCAUAGACAAACUGGAGCACUACAUGCAAGCAUAUACAGUCUGUUUGAUAGCAAAGGCGGAUCCGAUCAAAUAUGUCCUCUCCAGGCCAGUGGUUUCGGGUCGUAUAGCUCGAUGGGCAGUCUUGCUACAACAAUAUGACCUUGCAUACAUUCCACAAAAAGCUGUCAAAGGACAAGCAUUGGCAGAUUUCUUAGCUGAUCACCCAGUUCCAUCUGAUUGGGAGUUCUCUGAUGAUUUCCCGGAUGAAGAUGUGUUUUACAUUGAAGAAAUGCCACCAUGGAUUAUGUUUUUCGAUGGGGCUGCACGUCGAGAAGGAGCGGGGGCAGGUGUUGUGUUUGUUUCUCCACAAAGGCAAAUACUUCUGUACUCGUUCUCAUUAAGCGAACUUUGCUCUAACAAUGUAGCUGAAUAUCAAGCAUUGAUUAUUGGUCUACAAAUGGCCAUUGAGAUGGGCAUAGCGCAGCUUGAGAUCUUUGGGGAUUCCAAAUUAAUUAUCAACCAAAUCUUGGAGCAAUAUGACGUUAAGAAAGAAGACCUCAUCCCCUUUUGCAAAUAUGCGAAGAAAUUGCUAGCAAAUUUUGAGGCCACCACAUUGGAGCAUAUACCAAGGAAGGAGAAUAGACAGGCCGAUGCUUUAGCUAAUUUGGCUACUGCCUUAGCAUUAUCCCAAGAAGAGACAACCAAAGUUGCUAUUUCCCAAAGGUGGGUGGUACCUCUCGUAGUUGAAGAAGAAGAGGAAGAGCAAGCCAACAUCAUUUCUGUAUGCCUUGUCGAAAAAGAAGAUUGGCGACAAGUGAUCAUUGAAUACCUUCAACAUGGAAGACUCCCGGAUGAUAAACGCCACAGGACUGAAAUUCGGCGGAGGGCUGCUCGAUUCAUUUACUAUAAAGACACUCUCUUCCGCCGUUCAUUUGAUGGAUUGUUUCUCCGUUGCUUAGGAGAGGAGGAGGCUAAACAAGCCUUAGAGGAGGCUCAUUCUGGCAUAUGCGGCGCACAUCAGUCAGGUCCUAAGUUACACUAUAGGAUCAAACGAAUGGGUUACUAUUGGCCUACGAUGGUACAAGAUUCUAUGGAGUGCGCUAAGAAGUGCGAAGCUUGUCAAUAUCACGCGAACUUCAUCCAUCAGCCGCUAGAACCUCUACACCCAACUGUAGCUUCUUGGCCUUUUGAUGCAUGGGGUCUUGAUGCAAUAGGGCCAUUACCAAAGUCAUCCGGUGGCCACUUGUACAUCUUGGCCGCAACUGACUACUUCUCAAAAUGGGCGGAGGCUGUACCCCUUAGGGAAGUGAAGAAAGAAACGGUGGUCAAUUUCAUUCGAACUCAUUUGAUCUAUCGGUAUGGUGUCCCUCGGUAUAUCAUAACUGAUAAUGGCAAACCAUUCUACAAUAGGCUGAUGACAGAGCUAUGCGAGAAGUUUGAAUUUAAACAAUACAACUCCUCCAUGUACAAUGCCCCGGCAAAUGGACUAGCUGAAGCGUUUAACAAAACACUGGGCAGUUUGUUGAAAAAAGUGGUAUCCAAGACAAAGCGAGACUGGCAUGAAAGAAUCGGAGAAGCAUUAUGGGCAUACCGAACAACAUUUCGAACGCCUACUCAAGCAACGCCCUAUUCUCUUGUCUACGGAGUUGAAGCCGUCCUUCCGUUAGAACGCCAAAUCCCAUCAUUACGGAUUGCCAUUCAAGAAGGAUUGACUGGAGAAGAAAAUGCCAAGCUCAGGUUGCAAGAAUUAGAGGCGCUUGAUGAAAAAAGGCUCGAGGCCCAACAACGCCUUGAAUGCUACCAAGCUCGUCUUUCAAGUGCAUUCAAUAAAAGAGUCAAGCCACGAUCAUUCCAAGUUGGUGACUUAGUCCUCGCCGUUCGAAGACCUAUCAUCACAACUCAUCGUACAGGCAAUAAAUCUUCCUAG